AUGAAUAAUUCUUUGGAGAACACCAUCUCCUUUGAAGAGUACAUCCGAGUAAAGGCAAGAUCUGUCCCACAGCACAGGAUGAAGGAAUUUCUGGACUCUCUGGCCUCCAAGGGACCAGAAGCUCUUCAGGAGUUCCAGCAGACAACUACCACUACCAUGGUGUACCAACAGGGUGCGAACUGCACUUAUACAGACAGCACUGAAGUGGCUGGGUCUUUGCUUGAACUAGCCUGUCCAGUCACCACCAGUGUUCAGCCACAAACUCAGCCAGAACAACAGAUCCAGGUUCAGCAACCCCAGCAGGUUCAGGUACAGGUGCAGGUACAGCAAUCUCCACAACAGUUCUCUGCUCAGCAGCUCUCUCCGCAGCUCACCGUUCACCAGCCUGCUGAGCAGCCCAUCCAGGUCCAGGUGCAAAUCCAGGGCCAGGCACCACAGCCAGCAACUCCUUCCAUCCAGACUCCGUCUCUGCAGAGCCCUAGCCCCUCCCAGCUGCAAGCUGCCCAGAUCCAGGUGCAGCACGUUCAAGCAGCCCAGCAGAUCCAGGCUGCAGAGAUCCCAGAAGAGCAUAUCCCACAUCAGCAAAUCCAAGCUCAGCUGGUGGCUGGACAGUCUCUUGCUGGGGGUCAACAGAUCCAAAUCCAGACAGUGGGUGCCCUUUCCCCACCAUCGUCUCAGCAAGGCUCCCCUCGGGAAGGGGAACGGCGGGUUGGGACAGCCAGUGUCCUCCAGCCAGUGAAGAAGCGCAAAGUGGACAUGCCUAUCACUGUGUCCUAUGCCAUCUCAGGGCAGCCAGUGGCUACCGUGUUGGCCAUUCCACAAGGCCAGCAGCAGAGUUACGUGUCUUUAAGGCCAGACUUACUGACAGUAGACAGUGCCCAUUUGUACAGUGCCACUGGGACCAUUACUAGCCCUACAGGAGAAACCUGGACCAUCCCUGUUUAUUCUGCCCAGCCACGGGGGGACCCUCAGCAACAGAGCAUUACCCAUAUUGCCAUUCCCCAGGAAGCCUACAAUGCAGUUCAUGUCAGUGGCUCACCUACAGCCCUGGCAGCUGUAAAGCUGGAGGAUGACAAGGAGAAGAUGGUGGGCACCACAUCAGUAGUGAAAAACUCCCAUGAAGAGGUUGUGCAGACCCUUGCAAACUCACUCUUUCCAGCACAGUUCAUGAAUGGCAACAUCCACAUUCCAGUGGCUGUGCAGGCUGUGGCAGGCACGUACCAGAAUACAGCUCAGACUGUGCAUAUAUGGGACCCCCAGCAGCAACCACAGCAGCAAGCUCCCCAGGAACAGACACCACCACCGCAGCAGCAGCAGCAGCAGCAGCUCCAGGUUACAUGUUCAGCUCAAACUGUCCAAGUUGCUGAAGUUGAACCACAAUCACAGCCACAGCCUUCCCCAGAACUUCUGCUUCCAAAUUCUCUGAAACCAGAAGAAGGGCUUGAAGUAUGGAAAAACUGGGCCCAGACCAAGAAUUAUCUUUUUGAAAAUGGAAGGGUUGAUGACAUUUUCUCCGAUCUUUACUAUGUUCGAUUCACGGAGUGGCUGCAUGAAGUUCUGAAGGAUGUUCAACCACGAGUCACUCCACUUGGCUAUGUCCUGCCCAGCCAUGUGACUGAGGAGAUGCUGUGGGAGUGCAAGCAGCUUGGGGCUCACUCCCCUUCCACCCUGUUGACCACCCUCAUGUUCUUUAACACCAAGUACUUCCUGUUAAAGACAGUGGACCAGCACAUGAAGCUGGCCUUCUCCAAGGUUUUGCGACAGACAAAGAAGAAUCCCUCAAAUCCCAAGGACAAAAGCACGAGUAUCCGGUACCUGAAGGCGCUUGGUAUACACCAGACUGGCCAGAAAGGGCGCCAACUACUGCGAUUUCAGGAAGAUCUCAUCUCCUCUGCUGUAGCCGAGUUGAAUUAUGGUCUGUGCCUAAUGACACGGGAAGCACGAAAUGGAGAAGGUGAACCCUAUGAUCCAGAUGUACUCUACUACAUCUUCCUGUGUAUUCAAAAGGUAAGAAACAGACCUCCACAGGAGUGCGUUUGA